CCGGAGAGCAGAGUUUGGCCCACAUUCCAGGUGGAGACUUCAGUGCCAAAGUUCAGUCCAGGUCUGUGAGCGGCAGAUCUCACUCCACCCAGUGGUUCGAACGCGCAAAGCACAGGAAACACACCCAAUGAUUUCACUAACAUCAUGAGCAUUUUCACAACGCAUGGAGCCUCUGGUCCCUCUCACAAUGAAGCUGCCGGCUCUAAUUUAUCUGAGUCUCAUAUUGAUCCUGACCUCCUUCUCAAAAGGUCAAAAAUGGGAUAUCAAUCUCGAUCAACGCAUUAAUGCAACAAAGGGCUCAACUGUGAUCAUACAGUGCACAUUUACUUAUCCGAAAGAAUACCACACCAGUGGUGUUCUGGUUUACUGGAAAAGACGUGAGAGAAGCAGCUUCAAUACCGGAGACAAUGACAAAAACCAGUUUGUCUGUCAUACGAAUGAAACGUUCGUGGUGGAGAAAUACAGAGGAAACACAAAGCUAAUCGGAAAAAAUGAUGAAGGAAACUGCUCCCUCAAGAUUCGGAAUGUCACCUACAAUGAACCGAGUCUCUAUGUGAGACUCAUCGCAAAGGGUCAAAACUACAGCUUCGUAAGGAAACCUGUGUCCAUUUCAGUGUCUGGUGUUGCACCUGUCUUUCCCAGCCAAGGUACAAACCCCCCAUUAUUCACCGUCGAAACCACAAUCAUACCUAUGAUCGAGGACAACUCAACCCUGUAUGCAGCCAUCACUGUUCCACUUUCUGUUCUUCUCCUCUUUGUCGUCGUCGUUGCUGCAGUUUGCUGUCACAAAAAGUGCAAAAAGUCACAAUCUUUCACCAGGGAGGAAUCUGGAUACUAUGCAAAUUUUAGCAGAGCAUCAGAGGACCCAGCCCAAAGAGUGGUAUCCUGUGAAAAUCAACAAAGCAAAACAUUUUCUGAACCGAAAAAUAUUGAUGAGCCCAUCUACGCCAACACCGAGGCCCUUACAGAUCAGGUGGAAGAGGAUCACGUACAAAAUGUGUACGGAAAUGUAGAUUACUCAUAAUUUGCACAAUAGCUGAAUUUCAUAAUUCUAUUUAGUCUUAAACCUUUGUCUCAAUUGCAACCUUUGAAUUCUGCUUUGUUUGGGGUUUUGUUCAUGUAUGUGAAACAUCCUCUAGUUCAGGGGUUCUCAAACUUUUGCAAGCUGGGCCCCCCCAAAGCUGGUAAGGGGUAGUUGGCCCCCCGCACCGCCCACCACCACCGCCCUCAACUACACCACAAUAUAUAGGUAAAUAGAUAGUUUGGAGACAGUGCUAUGCUUGGAGAUGGUGGAUUGUUGUUGCUGGAGGCCAUCACGUUUACCUUUUAAAGAAGUCCACAGGCUUCUCUUUCAAGUCGGGGUGUUUGGUGUCGAUGUGCCUUUUUAAAUUGCAUGGCUUCAUGUUGUCAUUUGCCAGCACCUCGGCACACAAAACACACGGAGGACUUUGCUCAGUUGUGCCAGUGACGGUGAAACCAAACUGCAAAUAGGUCUCGUCAUAUUUGCAAAGCUUUGGCUUCUUCGCAACUGGCGCAUCAGUUGCCUGACUUUUAUGAAUCAGAAACUUGUCCAUAGAUGUGUUUGUUAGCUGAUACAGUGUGUGUGAUGUUAAUAAAGUUCUAAUUGCAACGUU